GGUGGCUGGUGCUCUGGCUGCCGCUCCUGGCCACUCUGCCCGCGGACGCGGUGCAGGAGGAGGAGGAGGCGGUGAUGGCAGCUCCUAGGUGUAAAUCUCUGAAGGAAGCAGACUUCAUUGAAACAUCUACGUCAGACUGUUACUGCUACAGUCAAGAGCAAAUACAGUGGACAUGCAUGUGGUCGACGGUGCAGGUGACCGUCGCCAGUCCUGGCCUGCUCAGAAUUGUGUACAUCACAGGGAGCCGUAAUUGCCAGCAUCCGGAAACCAUUCUAUCAUUUAUCAAAUGUGUGAUUCAUAACUUUUGGGCACCAGAGGAGCUUAAGGGACUGAUCAUGGUCUUCAGUCCAUACGGAGAAACCGUAUGCUUCUCCGUGAAGCCCAUCGGGAGGGUGUCGACCUACAUAGUGAGCGUGGACCGACACACUGUGGACCUCAGGCUACUCCUUCUGUUUGUGGCAGGCCUUCUCCUCUUCUUUUCUGCAAAGACCUUGAGCCAAAGCCCUGUUUUCUAUUACUCGUCGGGCACUGUGUUAGGUGUGUUCCUGACACUAGUCUUUGUCCUUCUGAUGGCCAAGAGACACAUUCCAAAGGUAGUUUAUGUCGGGUACCGGCUGACGGAAGACCUGAAGAGGCCGUGGUGUGGACACAGACUGUACGUAUUAGGCUAUUUCCUGGUGGUUGGGCUCUGUAGCUUUGCCGCCUGCUACUGGCACGGGCCCCUCACUAGCGCGUGGAGCAGAGGCCUUCUGAUGUGGACACUGCGGUUCCUCUCCCUGGUCCUGGUCUACAUGGGGGCAGCCGUGCCUCAGUUUGCCUACGCCAUCAUGGGCCUCCUCCUGUUCUCCCGGAGCCUGCGCUAUCUGCUGAGAGCGCUCAGCUAUCUGAGGUGGAAAAUGAGGCUGUGGCUCACAACAGAACCGGUGGUGAAGCUUCUCACCGAGGACGAGUACAGGGAGCAAGCUGAGGCCGAAACAGCCAGCGCUCUGGAGGAACUGCGCCGUGCCUGCUGCCGGCCCGACUUCCCUUCCUGGCUGGCUGUCUCCAGGCUCCAGACUCCUAAAAAGUUUGCAGACUUUGUUCUCGGAGCGAGCCACUUGUCCCCCGAGGAAGUCAGCACACACGAGAGGCAGUACGGCCUUGGGAGCACCUUCUUGGAAGAGCAGCUCUUCAGCCUGCAGGCUGACAGUCAACCUGCAAGCUGACCUCAGUGUGAACGAGGGAUGGGGUGAAAGGCAAAGAUCCCCGUUCAGUGGUCGUGGGCAACGCGUGCACGGCUGAGGACAAGCACGUGUGCCGAGAACUCGCCUCCGGCAGCCCGCUUACUGUGCCGUAGGUGGCUUAAGGAUUCUAAGAAUCAUGGCCACUUGCCCCAAAUGAAGACGACUUUGGUUAGGACAGUGGGACCUUUCCUUUAGCUCAGUAAGCAAGGUCAGAUACCGUCCCAGCCCCGGGUUCUAGCUUCACUCUUGAUGCGGUGAAGCUGGCUCAGAAGGCUGCCUUGCUCUCCCUCCGUUUCUUGAUAGCAGUGUUUUCUAAAGUGCACUCUGCGUGGUACUAGUUAGGGCUGAUAACGGCUUCCCGCGCCGGCAUGGUGGACUCAGUCAUACAUAGCAGGUUUCUCCGUCUUCAGUGCUGUGAAGGCAUCGUGGGUCUGAGCGGCAGACAUCGUGCACCAGGGCCGCAGACUUAAUGACCAGAAACCACUUUCCAUGAGAUGAAUAGUUGUUAGAACAUGCUGGGAGGUUCGGGUUUGAGAGGUGUGUCCUCAGCAGCCUUGGCCGUGCGCCAGCCCUGGUGCAACCUGAGACUCAGGUAGACAACCAUUUUCAGACGGAGGGUCAGGGCUGUGUCCUCGGCAGCCUUGGUCUCACGGUGUUGGUGCCUCGAUUUUUGUCUAUGUUGCUUUCUUUUUAAAAUAAUGACCAAUUAGCUAUUUAAUCAUAGCUAUUUAAAACAUUUCUUAGACUAUAUUUCAUGUUUUCACAAGAUUUUAUAUGCAGACAGAUUAUAAUUUUUGUACUUUUAUAUAUUAAAAUUGAAAGCAGGUAGCCAUUUGUGACAUUGAGGUUUAAUUUUUUAAGCUGGUUUUAUAUGUUUGCGAUGGUUUCUCACAAAACAGAUUUUGAUACUACUCAUUUUUUAUAGAGAGAAAAUGAUUGUUUCUUGACCCAUGAUAAACUCCAGCAUGAAAUGAGCCACUAACUGCUUCGACCCCAAAGAAAGGAGCAGACAUGGGUCUAAGGGUUGACUAUGGCAAGCAUUCUGUGAAGGAGCCGCUGGCUUGAUUCUCUGAGGACCAAAUGCAGGCUCGUUUUUGUUGUCUUUGUUUUGGACUGCAAUGAUAAAAACACGAGAAGCCGUCCUGUAUAAAGAAAGACACGGUGAGGGGGACAUACAGCAGUCAUCACUGUCAUUUCUUGAGAGCUGCAAACUCCAUGGAACUUUCUAGAUUGACUCUCAAAUGAUCUCUUUGAAGCAGUCGUCAGUGUUCCUGGAUCUGCUUUCUACAGGCACAUUUAACAUUAGGAGUCUUGGUCCUUUCCUUAGCAACGUUACUCAGGGCAGUCAGCACCUUUACAGGGAGCUCGAUUUUAAAAAUCCAAAGAAUGCCGUGUGGGGAGAGGUGGCCCAGUGGAUUCCCUGCCUUGCAGAGGACCUGAGUUCCGUCUCCAUCACCCACAUGGCAUGGCAGUUCCGGGUGAUCUGGUACCCUCUGACUCCGCAGGCACCAGGCAUGCACGUGUCACACAUGCAUGCACGCAGGCAGAACACUCAGGCAUAAAAUAAAGCUUUAUUUAUACAAAACUGUGAAACGACGUGCCUCCGUUCAUCUUGGCACCUGACUGUCUUGCCAGUAUAGACGAGCGUUCUAACAGGAUUUGGCCACAGCUUAAUGUGGUUUGCCUUUUCUGUAGCUUUAGUUAUUGGUGCUAUAUUGUAAUGUGUCAGGCAUGUCAGUGCUGUGCAUGGCCGUGUUCACCCCUCACUAAGUGGUCUGUCUAAUAUCGACUGCGUUUGUAUGUGACUGACAUGGCGGCACCCACUGCUGCGCCUGCCCGCGCAGCCCUCCUGAGCCACCGGAGACUGCGCUGUGAGGAAGCAGCUCCGACGGCAGCGAGCCCCUGCAGCCACAGUGAACACAAUGGCAGUCUUUCGGGAUGCUGUUUCCGGGCUUAGUUUUGGAAGGAAUCAUGGGUCUGUCAGAUUGUUCUGUGAGAGGCUAAACAAUUAAAGCAUUUCUGGUAACACGC